UCAAUCAGCGGCAAUAUUCUGUCUCACUCAAGUUUAAUAUACAUUCAUAUCAAUUUCAAUCGCAUUGGCUGUCAAAUGUCAGGCAGUGUGACAUUUCGAAUGAUUGAAAAGUAAACAGUAAACAAUUCCGGUGAUUUUUUGUGCGAAAAAUAAUUAUUGUCAAUCAUUAUGAAAACGGUAGCAAGUGAAGAGCAUUUGAAGCUGUCCAGUGAAAUCAAGGCAUUACAUUCAACGCUACGCCAAAACACCAAGAAAUUGGGAGCAAAACAAGCAUGGCAUGAGCAUCUUCAGGCAAAAUCAAAGCUCCAAAGUUAUUCCAAAGCAAUGCGAGAAUUGGCUGUUAAUCAUUGGGAAGUGAAUGAUCGCAAGCAGGAAGAGACCACAUCAAAAUCUCAGCAACGAAGUCGCAUCACAUGGACCGUUAAUUAUUGCCGUGAAUAUUUUUUAUGUGAGGAUUUAAUAAAUAAAAUACGUCAACGUGAGCUACGGCUUCUGGACGAAUUGAAAAUCGACUGCACUGACAUAAAUGGAACUAUUGCUGCGAAACAACAUCCGCUGGUGGGACGAAUAAAGUUUCUUGAUGUUGGCAGUUGUUACAAUCCAUUCAAAUCAUUUUCCGAAUUUGAUGUGACAGCGGUCGAUAUUGCACCAGCAAUGGAAGACGUUUUCGAAUGUGAUUUUUUGAAUGUUGAACUUGGUGAUUGUAUUGAAGUAUCCUCGGGUAACGACAACAAAUCAUCGACAAUCAAUAAGUUGGAGGUAAACGGUUAUGAUGUUGUUGUAUUCAGCCUACUUUUAGAGUAUCUACCAACAUCUGAACAACGAUUGAAAUGCUGUGAAAAAGCAUUCAAACUCUUAAAGAACGAAGGUCUCUUGAUCAUUAUUACGCCGGAUUCAAAACAUGUCAAUGCAAAUGCAAAAUUGAUGAAAACCUGGCGAUAUGCAUUGGCUCAACUUGGUUUGGGGCGCAUCAAAAUUGAGAAACUGGAGCACAUCACUUGUAUGGUAUUUCGAAAAUGCCUCGAUCCAGAAAUUAGUCUACGAUGGAGUCGUAUGCACAAAGAACCAUAUAUGGAAUAUUGUAUAGAAAUACCGCAAGAUUUUGAUGCGUGCAUUUAGUUCCAUAACUCAUAAAUUUGCGAUUUUGAAUAGAUGAUACAAAUUAUGUGUUGAAAUCAAAUAAAAGAAAUUAAAAU